AUGGAGAAGAUGGAUCCAGACGAAGCCCAGCGGGACACCAGAAGUGAAAUCGAAGACACAUACGUCGCUAUUAAGGUUUGCAUUAAAGAGCAAUUGGGCGCGGACGCCCACAAUACAACCGUGGCCGAUGCUUCGCCCUGCGUUUCUCAUUCAACAUCCAUGAAGCUACCACGACUGGCACUUCCUACGUUUGAUGGCAAGUACUCCGACUACAAAAACUUCGUAACGUCAUUUAAGCAAGUCAUUGAUAGUCAACCUAGCUUGUCUUCUAUCGAGAAGUUCAACCAACUGCUUAAUUGUUUGAAGGGAGCGGCCUUAGAAACUGUGAAGGCAUUUCAGAUCUCUUCUGAAAAUUAUCCGAAAGCGCUCGAACGUCUUAAAGCUCGCUAUGACAACCCCACGCUCGUCUUUUUGGAUAAUAUAAAUUCCUUAUUCAGCUUGCCGAAUGUUUCCAAAUCGAAUGCGCAACAUCUGCGUAGUCUCAUUGACAAUGCAUCAGCCCUGUACAACUCGUUACUGUCACUGGGUUCUGAGUCGCAAAUUGCUCAGGCUAUGCUCAUCUCGAUAGUGAUGGACAAAGUCGAUCAGGACACCAGGAAGAAAUGGAAUGAGUUUUUAGACUUCCGAGAUCUUCCGACAUGGACAUCUUGCAUUAGCGUCGUUGAACGACGUUGCCAAUACCUAGAAUCUAUAGGUAAGCCCAGCAUGGAUGCUACUAUGAGUCAACAAUCAGUGAAACCUUUAGGUGCCCUCAACUUAUUGGAAAUACGCUUAAUCAACGCUACGAUACUGCAAAACGUUUGGGGCUCUGCAUUAACUGUCUCGGUAAAGGUCAUCAGGCUGCGAAGUGUCCCUCAAGGCACAGAUGCCGAACGUGCACUCGUCCACAUCACACGCUGUUACAUCGUGAUGCUAAUAACACAGCUUCCGGUGGCAUCACAGCCCAUAACGAUGAUACAGCAGAGUUCAGAUGCCGUUGUUCAUACACACACGGACACUUGUUUGAAUCGAAUUAUACUAGCCACUGAGUUGGUACAGGUUAAGGAUGCUACAGGUCGUUACAGAAUUGGCCGCGCUCUACUGGACUCCUGCUCCCAGAGAAGCAACUUGGAAAUUCGCAGCAUUGGGGAGUCCCAAACUCAGGUUAAGCAUCGCACGUCUACCACAAUCAAAUCACGCUUUGUCGAAUUGGAAUUGCCACUCGAUUUCUGUGUCACAUCGCACAUUGCCUAUCAUCCAGAAUCGGAAAUCGACAUUUCAUCAUGGAAUCUACCCAAGAAUACGCUAUUGGCUGACGAAAACUUCAACAAGUCGCGCCGCAUUGACCUACUCCUUGGAACCGAAGCAUUUUUUGAUAUCCUAUCUGUUGGGCAAGUGAAACUUGGUCCUAAUUUGCCUGUGCUGCAGAAGACCCUCCUGGGAUGGGUUGUUUCCGGUCGUUGUGAUGCAAGAUCUACAACACCGCACAGCUAUGCACUAUCGCUGGACGAAUCCAUAAACCAGAACGUAGAGCGCCUAUGGCGUAUCGAAGAUGUUAGGACACCAGCUGAUACCUACACUCCAGAGCAACGCAAAUGUGAGGAAAUCUUCAUCACCACUGUUCGCCGACAAAACGAUGGUCGAAUUGUAGUUCGUCUUCCAUUCAAGGAUAAUCCUUGUUUGCUAGGUCGGUCAUAUGAAACCGCCCGCAGACGCUUUGAAGCUCUUGAACGUCGCUUGAGCCGCACACCAGAUAUUAAGCGACAAUACAUAGACUUCAUGGUAGAGUUCCAACGUUUGGGCCAUAUGAGCUUGGUGAGUACGCCGAAGAUGAAUGUGCCUCAUUUUUAUAUACCCCACCACUGUGUAUUUAAGCCAAACAGUACGUCGACAAAGUUACGGGUUGUCUUCGAUGCCUCCUGCCAGACUACGUCACAGAAGUCACUUAACGACUUAUUGAUGGUCGGACCAACCAUACAGCUCGAGCUAUACACGCUUCUCCUUCGUUUUCGAUUGUAUCGCUACGCGAUUACUGCCGAUAUUGUCAAAAUGUUCAGACAGGUUGUUGUUGAUGAUAAGGACCGGCAGUUUCAGUAUAUACUCUGGAGAAAUACACCCAAUGAACCGCUUUGCACUUAUGAACUCAAUACAGUCACUUACGGGACCGCUGCUGCUCCAUAUCUUGCCAUACGUAGUAUGUCAUAUUUGGCUGAUCAAUACUUGGAUAAGUUUAAAAUCGGUGCCGAGGCCAUAAAAUCGUGCUUUUAUGUAGAUGACUUCAUUUGUGGAGCAAAUACUAUUGAUACUCUUCGUGAAAUCAAAACAGAAGUUACCGAAGUACUUCGUCGUGGUAGAUUUGAACUUGCAAAAUGGCAUUCAAACUACAUCGAGUUUGUCGAUGAUUGCACCAUCAAAGAGCUAAAUCUGGACGACAAAGCUAUAACUAGCACUCUGGGGUUAAGAUGGAAUCAACAAGAAGACGUUUUUAUGUUUUCACUUGUGCCUAAGCAGACAUUUAACGUUGUCUCUAAACGUUCAAUACUGUCAGUGGCUUCAUCUCUAUUCGAUCCGUUGGGAUUAGUGUCACCUGUCAUCAUAGUAGCAAAAAUUAUUCUGCAAGAACUGUGGCUACUUAGGCUGCAGUGGGAUGAGUCAGUUCCACAUAACAUCCACACUGCAUGGAUUUCGUUUCUCUCAUCACUUUCGUCGUUGGAGCUGCUUAAGAUACCACGAUUUUGCCUACAACCAAAUGCUGGGAGCCUUCAGUUGCACGGUUUCUGCGAUGCAUCCAUCAGGGCCUAUGGAUGUUGCAUCUACGCACGUACGGUCAGCGCUGAUGGUAAGGUUAAGGUGAAUCUAGUUACAUCGAAAUCAAGAGUUGCACCAACUAGAAAACUAUCGCUUCCGAAAUUGGAAUUGUGCGGCGCCCAUUUGCUGGCACAACUUUUUGCCAAAAUCAAAGUGAACUUUGCUGACCACAAGUAUUCGACGUUCUUGUGGAGUGACUCGCAAAUCGUGCUAUUCUGGAUUCAGCAACACUCCGCCACACUGUCCACGUUCGUCGGAAACCGAAUAUCUGAAAUACAGGAGCAAACUUCCAGCUGUCAUUGGAAAUAUGUUCCAACGCGCUGUAACCCCGCCGACCUAUUAUCAAGGGGAUGUUCGGUGGAUGAGCUAAAUCAGUCUAUGUGGUUCGAGGGUCCUGCUUAUUUGCUACAACACCAAGACGAGUGGCCAACACAAAGGCCGGGUGAUAUUGACCAAAAUAUUGUUGAUUCGGAAAAACGCAAAUCGGCAUUUGCUGUUACUAGCGUUACCAACUAUCUACUCGAAGUUAUCUACAACAUCAGCUCGCAUAGCCGUUGUUUGCUAAUCGUAGCCUGGAUGCUUCGUUUUAGUUACAUAAGCAGAAAAUUGUGUUCUUUCGAUACACCAUCUCCCUCGCCACAAGAACUACUACGUGCCAUGCAUUGUAUUAUUUGGAAUUUGCAGACCAAAUACUUCACCGAUGACAUCCAAGCACUUCGCAAAGGAAGAGAGGUCAGCGGCCACCUUAAAUUUUUAAAUCCCUUUUUACAGGUGACUGAAGGAUUUAUGCUGCUUAAGGUUGGAGGUCGCUUGGAGUUGGCAAACGUUCAAUACACCCAGAAACAUCCGAUAUUACUCCCAGGUAAAGAUGAAUUUGUUCGACGAUAUGUACAAUUUGUUCACAGGCAGAACUACCAUGCGGGCCCAAAGGCAUUAGUUGGCCUUAUCCGUCUACGAUUCUGGAUUGUCAAUGCACGAGAAGUAGCACGGCGGGUCGUCCGCUCAUGUGUUCACUGUGUUCGCUAUCGACCAACCCUGGAGAGACAAAUAAUGGGUCACCUACCUGUCGAGCGCCUUACGCCAUCGAGACCAUUCUCAAGAUGCGGUGUGGAUUUUUGUGGCCCGGUUAACACGUACCUACGUAUCCGCGGAAAAGUGCCUUACAAAAGCUAUAUCGCCAUCUUUAUAUGUUUUGCCACGAAGGCGGUGCAUGUUGAAGUGGUGUCCGAUUUGUCAACCGAAGCCUUCAUUGCGGCCUUGAAGCGCUUGGUAGCCAGACGCGGACUUCCGUCCGACAUCUUUUGUGAUAAUGCUACCAACUUCAAAGGAGCCAACAACAAAUUGGAGGCACUCAAGCAAUUUUUAUUCAAUGAAGAAACGAUCCACUCCAUCAAUAAAUUUUGUUUAAAUGAGUUCAUAAAAUUUCAUUUCAUCCCUCCCAGGGCCCCCCAUUUUGGCGGCCUGUGGGAGUCAGCAGUCAAGAGUGUCAAGGGGUUGCUCAACCGUACUUUAAUGAAUGCCCGACUCACAUUCGAAGAGCUAACCACUGUAACUGCAGAAAUAGAGGCGAUUUUAAACUCCCGUCCCUUGUCUCCGCUCUCGUCGGACCCGAAUGACCUGGCUGCACUCACACCAGGCCAUUUCCUAAUCGGAGAUGCAAUGCGUGCAAUGCCUGAAACCCCAGUCGUGGAGUUGGAUCUUUCAGAACAUUGGCGACGAGUAAGCUCGAUUAAACAACAGCUUUGGCGUCGCUGGUCACAGGAAUACAUAAACGAGCUUCAGGUGCGUAACAACUGGACCAAGUCGUCAACUAAAGUAACCGUAGGCCAAAUGGUUUUCGUGCAUGAUGAUAACUUACCACCUCAAUGUUGGGUGCUGGGUCGUAUCGAAUCAGUUAUACCUGGUAAGGACGACCGUGUACGCGUUGCUGAUGUUCGUACCGCAAGAGGAGUAAUUCGCCGACCCAUACACAAGUUGGCUUUGUUACCAGUAUCUUGA